AUGGGCGUGCUGAGCCACGUAGCAGAAACCCAGAGGAACGACCAGGUGGUAUUUCUAUCCUGUUACUUCUCCCUUCUCCUCCUCAUAACCAACUCCUUAAAAAACCCCGAGCUGUUCAUUGGCAUGAAGAACAAACUCAGAGAAGCCAAGCGGGAGCUGAUCACAGCCGCAUAUGAGCUUGGAGUUGCCCAUCCUCCCGGUUACCCUUUGUUCACUCUGCUGGCCAAACUGGUAAUUGGUCUAUUCCCUUUUGGCUCCAUCGCGUACCGAGUAAAUCUCCUCUGUGCCUUACUGGGAGCAGCUGCAGCCUCGUUGCUUUUUUAUACAGUUUUCAGGCUUUCUGGCUCAUAUGCUGGAGGAAUCCUUGCUGCGGGGGUGUUUUCAUUUUCUCGUCUAACAUGGCAGUGGUCCAUUGCGGCAGAGGUUUUUAGCUUAAACAAUCUGUUUGUGGGGCUGCUUCUGGCUCUUACUGUACAUUUUGAGGAGGCCUCCACUGCAGAAGAGAGAGCAAAGAUAUCUAGAGUUGGUGCCUUUUGCUGUGGGCUUAGUUUGUGCAAUCAGCACACCAUAGUGUUUUACGUGCUGUGCAUUGUACCGUGGGUUCUGUUGCAGCUUUUCAAAGAGAUGGAAUUGUCCCUAGGCCACUUGCUGAAGUUGGGUUUCUGCUUCUUGGCUGGUUUGCUGCCUUAUCUCUAUCUGCCCGUUUCAUCCUACCUCAAUUGUGCACGUUGGACCUGGGGAGACCAGACGACUUUUAAAGGAUUUCUGACCCACUUUCUCAGAGAAGAAUAUGGGACGUUCAAUCUGGCCAAAUCUGAGACGGGAUCCAGUAUGCGAGAAAUGCUGCUCUUUCAACUGACACACAUGAAGGCAGAGCUGUCCUGGACCGUCCAGGCCCUGGCAGUUGUUGCAUGUGUAUGUGCAGCAUUGCAGACUAAGCAGGAGAAGUCCUCGAUGAUAUGGCUGUUUACUGGCAUGCUCUGCAUUUAUUCGUUAUUCUUUGCUUGGAGAGCCAAUUUGGAUAUUACAAAACCACUGUUUAUGGGUGUGGUAGAACGUUUCUGGAUGCAAAGCAAUGCAGCCGUUGCCGUGCUAGCAGGGCUGGGGCUGGCCUCGCUUAUCUCUGUUGGAAAUACAGCGCUUGAGAACAGCCGCAUGCUGCAGUGUGUGGAGUGGCUUUCUGCUACCGCCCUUGUUACUUGUCAAAUUUAUGCCAAUUACAGCCUUUGUGAUCAAAGCCGCAACGAGGUAGUCGAUAAGUUUGCAAGAAACCUUCUGUCCUCCAUGCCACCCGACGCAAUACUCUUGCUCAGAGGAGACUUGCCAGGGAACUCCCUCCGCUACGUUCACUACUGCGAGGGAAUGCGGCCUGACGUGACACUAGUGGAUCAAGAGAUGAUGACUUACGAGUGGUAUCUGCCCAAGGUGGCUAAGCAUUUACCUGGCAUCUCCUUUCCUGGAAGCCGGUGGAAUCCUGUGGAAGGAACGUUACCUGAUGGAACACGCACGUUUAAUCUCCAUCAUUUUCUCAAAGUAAAUAAACAGAAGGAAGUGUUCGUCUGUAUAGGGCUUCAUGAGGGGGACUCGACCUGGAAAAAAAGCUAUUCGCUUUGGCCGUGGGGAGCCUGUGAUAAAUUGGUUUCUACAAAAACUGUUUUUAACCCAGUAGAGUGGAUUAAUCUUACAAGGAGCAUCUAUAACUGGACUGAAGAUUAUGGAAGAUUUGAUCCGUCUUCAUGGGAGGCUGUCGCCAAUGAAGAGAUGUGGCAAGCCAGGAUGAAAACAGCCUUCUUCAUGUUUGACCUUGCAGAAGCAGCUAGUGUGUCUGCAGAUAUAAAAUCACAACUUUAUACGUUUGCCUACAAACUCUACAAGGACAUUGUCAACUUGCAUAAAAAGCAUCCAGUCAAUUGGCAUAAAAACUACGCAAUCGCUUGCGAAAGGAUGUUGCGUCUGCAUCAAACAGAUGUCAACCCUGAAGAGUUGCUUUCUGAAAUUGUGAAACAUUUCCUCCUCUAUACAGAGAAAACAGAGGAUGAUCCCCAGCGGGUGGACAUUUUGCAGGCUGUAAAACACCUGAAGAAAGAGCUGCAUGGGCUGAGGAAAAGGAAAAAAGAUGUGAAGCGCCAGGCUGGAUAGAACCCAUUUGACUCUCCAAGUCUGAAAUGCUAACACCGUUGAGACUGGGAGUUAAAAAUGAAAUCUGUUCUUAACAACAUGAGAACAGUUCUUUAAAAGACACGGAACUAGCAGCAGUGGGAAUCAAGCGCUUGUCUCGAUCAGUGGUUCUCUCCUUUUUCAGUCAAGGCACCCCUCCACAGCUCUUUUGAAUGUGGUGGCUUGCAUGGUUGAGAACCACCGUUCGUAUGGUCUCAGCUUACCUCAGUGGUUCUCAACCACGCACCACUGCCCCGAGUAAAACUAUCCUGCCUGCCUGGUAUGCAGCCAGACUGGGAAAGUCUGGGGCACGUGUAGACUUUCUUGCUUCAAUAAGAUUCUCUGAUAACCCUAAUGUAGACUGGAGAGCCGGCUCAUGCUGCAGCCCUUGGCAGUCCAACUCUGCACAGUGUCUUCCAGAAAGAGGCACACAGGAUGGGUGGAACUGUCCUACCUGUUUCUGGGAGAAGUGAGUAGGGAAGACCAAGUAGGGCUACUGCAGAAGCUGGCCCUUCUUCCUGAUUUAGGGUUAAUGGAGAACCCUGAUGCAAGAGGAGCAUGCGUAUGCCACAGCCCUGUGUGCAAAGCAGCUUCAUCUGGCCCUUGCAGCGGUGCCUGUAUCCCCUGAGUGGAUUUCACAGCACCCCACUUGAGAACCGCGGGUCUAGACAGAAGUGUAACAUUGUCCAUUUGUGGUUGCCAAAUGUACAAUUCUGGUGUCCAGAACUAUUUUGUGUAAGGGGAAAAUGCAUUAUAAGAAUAAAUACUGUUGUUUAAAAAAAAUGUUGACCACAAAAUGAGAAAAGUUCAAGAUCCUAAGGUAAGGAAGGAAGGAGAGCAAUAGAAUAAAGAUAUUGGGCUUCAGAAAAGCAGACUUUAGCAAACUCUGGAAUUAGUGGGCAGGAUCCCCUGGGAGGUAAGUCUGAGGGGAAAGCUGACUGACUGUACUUUUAAGGAGGCUAUUAAGGGCACAGGAACAAACUAUCUUGAUGAGACAAGAAUGGGAAGUGCACCAGGAGAGCAGCCUGGCUAAAUGGUGAUCUCUUUGAAUUGAAACUGAAAAAGGAGUACUCCAAAAAAUGGAAACUUGGUCCUAGUACUAAGGAAGAGUGUAAGAUCAUUGCAUGGGCAUGCAAAGAGAAAAUUAGGAAGGGCAAGGCACAACUUGAGAUCCAACUGGCAAGAGACAUAAAAGGCAAUAAAAAGGGAUUCUACAAGUAUGUCCGGAGUAAGAGGAAGAGCAAAGAAAUGGGUUCCUUAUGGAGUGCAAAAGGCAAUCUACUGUUUUUAUUUAAUUCUAAGGUGAGGUUCCCCCCAUUUAACAUUGGUGUGGGGGGACGGACCUCUUAAAAUCCAGUAUGAGGGCAAUGGGGUGGAGGGGGCAGGUGGCUGCUGUAGCUUAGGCUCCGGCCCCUAUCUGGGAUUGGGACCAUAGCCAUAGCACGGCCCCAGCCUGGCCUCAUAGCAGUGGAGCGCAGCAUGCACAGCUGCUAUGGGGGCUGGGCUGGGGUUAUGCUCAGUGCCCCAGGCUUCAGUGGGAACAGAGCCUGCCAUGGAGCAAGGAUAAGGGAGGGAGGAAGUGGGGAACAGUGGCUGGAGGAGAAGAGAGGGCCCAGAGCUUGGGGGGGAUCAGGGAGGGGGCACAGAAGUGGCAGGGGGCCAGGCACAAGCAGGGGGCUAGCAGCUUGACCUUACCAUACCACCUGCCCCCUCACCCCUGCAGCAGUGGGUAGGGAUGAAUUAAAUAUGACCCUCCAAUAAUUAGAUUCUAUACGUGGAAAAUUAUAACAAAUUUAGAUAUUUUCCAUAUAUAGUGUCAAAUUAUUGGGGGGUGGGGCAUCUUAAAUUCAGGGUUGCUUUAAAUUCAGUAGUCUGAAUCAUCCAUAGUAGUCUGCAUCAUCCAGUAGUUAUGGAUGAUGCAGAGAAGACUGAAGUGUUUAAUGCCUUUUUUACUCCUCACAAAUUAGGGGCAGCUACCAAUGACAAGCACUGGUGGCAGCAAAGAUAGGGAAGCAGUUAAAUAGCCUAGCGUUAUGACAGAACAGGUAAGGGGUUACUUAGAGAACCUAGAUGCUUUCAAGUUAGCCAGUUUGGAUAGAAUGCACCCUAAGGUGCUGAGGAAAAUGGCUGAGGUAAUUGCAGAGCCAUUUGCUAUCCCCUUUGAAAACUCAUGGAGGUCAGGUGAGGUCCCAGAUGAUUAGAAAAUGGCAAACAGUGCCUCUCUCUAAGAAAGGAAGAAGCAGGAUCCAGGGAACUACAGACGAGUCGGUAUGAUCUCAAUACCUGUAAAGAUAAUGGAGAAGCACCUGGAGGAGAACAAGGUGGUCAGGAACAGUCAGCAUUGAUUCACCAAGAGUAAGUCAUGCCUGACCCACCUGGUUUCUUUUUCUGAUAACGUGACAGGCUCUGUGGAUGUAUGAAGCACAUUGGAUGUGAUCUACUUUGACCAUAGCAAGGCUUUUGACACUAUUUCCCAUGACAUUCUCAACAAUGUCAAGCCAAGGAAAUGUAGACAAGACAAAAGUACUGUAAGGUGGGUAUGUAACUGGUUGGAUCAUUGGGCUGAAUAAGUAGUUGUGAAUGACUCAAUGUCUAGUUGGUAUCAGGGGUUCCACAGGGCUCUGUCCUGGGUCUGAUAUUGUUUCAUGUCUUCAUUAAUGGUUUGGAGGAUGGAAUCAAGUGGACACUUAGCAAAUUUACAGACAACACCAAGUUGGGUAGUUGUAGAUGCUUUGGAGGGUAGGGCUAGGAUUCAGAAUGAUCUGGAUAGACUGGAGUACUGGUCUGUAGUCAGUCGGGUGAAAUUAAACAAGGACAGGCACUUGGGACAGAAUAUAGCCUGGGGAUAUGGACAUUCUCACAAGCAAGAUAAGAUAUUACAGGCUGCAUGAAUGGACCAGGAGGUGGAUAGAAAACUGCCUGGAUCAUUGGGCUCAGAGGGUAGUAACCAAUGACUCUAUGUAGCUGGCAACCAGUCUCAAGUGGAGUGACCCAGGGGUCAGUCCUGGGGCCGGUUUUGUUCAGUAUCUUCAUCAGUAAUCUGGAAGAUGGGAUGAAGUGCACCCUCAGGAAGUUUGGGGGGAGUAGU